AUUGAAUUCGCCACCGAAAUCGGUCAGGGGCUGCUGUUGGAAGUCCGGAAGAUGCAAGCUCUCUUACAAGAAAAGGAAGAACAGCUGCGAGCACUAGAAAUCCAAAAAGCAGACCUCGAACGAGCCGCAGAGUCCAUGGCAAAGCAGCUCCGUCAACGUGAAGAGAAUGAAGAAAAGCUUCAGCAGGAAACAUGGAACCUCGAACUUGCCAAGCAAGAACUCACAGUCAGCGUUACCGAACUUCAACAAAAUCUUUCCAAAGCACGUAGUGAGCAGAACAAACUCUCAAAGCAACUCAAUCAACUGGUUUCCGAAAUCGAACAACUUCGGGAUCGUGAAGAGAAGCUAAAUGCGACCGUCGACCUGAUGAAGAAUCGCCACGAGCAGGACAUG